AAAUUUUGGGCUUUGCGACGCAGACCAACCAGCCCGCCACGACAAUAAUCCACGCCGUCCUGCUGCGUCCGAUGGCUGUUGGGAUCCCGCAUAUCUCCUCAUAAGCCCGUAGAAGAACCAAUCACCACAAAAUGGCGACAGCGCUCCAGAAGCAGCUUGCAGCCAUCGCGGCUACGAGCACCCACCAGCUCGACCUUAAGGCACAAAAGUCGGCGCACGGCAAGUCGCUGCUGUUCGAAUCCAAGGUCGCCGGGUCGCAAUCUUUCGAAAACCUCUAUCUCAUAUGCCAUGACGGCUUUCGGGAGCUAUGCGCGCUCGAUGCCCGCUUCCGCCAAUUCGCGGGCAACCUAUUUAGCGAGCAGAGCAAAGAGGAGGACCGCCUGCAGAUGACCGAUGCCGAGAACAAGAAGCUGAACACAGUUUUGGAGGCCUUCAUUACAUUAGUCGGCCCGCGCCUGCUGCUGAAGCCCGCCCAGAAGGCUCUGGAGUGGCUUGUGCGAAGAUUCAAAGCGCACGAGUACAACACCGAGACCCUCGUCUUCACAUACCUUCCCUACCACCAGACACCGCAGUUCGUGGCGCUGCUCUCGAUCCUCCCCGCGCAGCCGCGACAUGCGCUGCGUUUCCUCUUCCCGUACAUCCAAGCAAAGACGAACCCGCCGCGACAGACGAUUGUGUAUACCGCAAUCAACACCCCCGAGUUCUUCAACGCCUUCCAGUCGUACACCGUCCGCGUACUUGCAGCCGGCCACGAGUCGACACACCUGCUCAACUUCUGGGCGACCGUCACAUAUCAGGCGAUCCAUGGCAUUUUCAACAGCGGCACAUCUGGGAGGAGGGAGAUCCAAGCGCAGAAGACGGAGGAGGUGUUGCUUCGCAUCGUCCCGGUGCUGAACAGCGCCAUGCGGGCUGUAAAUGGGCCAGAGGUCGUUGUUGCCUGCUACCUGAUCAUACACGCUCUCGCAACGAACGCCCAGGUUGGAGAUAAGGUACUGGACUCCCUGAUGGAGGCUAUGGUCAUGGCACAGGGCCCCGACUCGCUAGACCAGUGCAUACUGGUGCUGGCUACACUUGCUGAGCAGCGCUCGAGCGCACAGCUGUCAAAUGCGGUCACAAAGAGGCUUUUGAGAAUACCGCAGCUGUCGAGCUCGCUGACAGCCGCCGCGGCGCAAUGCUCUGUUGGACGUCUUGCGCUCGGCUGCGCUCUGGGCGCCCUGAGCAGUUCCAGUCGCUCAGAUGAGAAGCGUGCUCUGUUCACAGAGAUUACCGAGUCGAAACUCCUCACCGCACCGCAAACACACAUCGUGCUAUCGACACUCCUGCGGUCUAUAAGCGACAGCGCGUCCGGCUCAGAAGAGCACGGUCAGCUUCUCGAGCUCGCCGCGAAGCUCUCCGAGGAUCGCCUUUUGGCCCCCAAGCUGCAGAUUGCCGCCAAGGAGAACGACAUCGAUCUGGAGUCUCUUGGCCUUUCCAUUGAUCAGACCAUCGAGGAUGUACAGGCAAUCUCGUUCGAGUCGGACGACGAAGAGAUGGCCGAUGCCGACGAAACCACCGUCCCAUCAACAAUACCGGUCCCGAGCUUCAAGGCCAGCAGUUUCCUGGCUCUGACCGCCUCGAAAGACUUCAACGCUGUCGCAGCCGCAUUCGAGCAAGCAGUGUCAUCGAACCAGACGGCACGGUUCCUGGCGUCUCCUGACCUUGAGCAGAAAGACGCCGACAAAUCGAACGUGUACCUUACAUUCUUGAUCCGCAUAUGGUCAACAUCGCGAUCUGCUCCCGUCCGGAUCGCCGCUCUCCGCGCUGCCGCAUCCACCAUUAAGCGCACCGCAGCAGUUGUAGACUUCCAGAACGUCGUCCCCUAUCUUCUCCAUGCGCUCUGCGACACCUCAUCCAUUGUGCGCCGAUCUGCUGCGGCGUGCGUUGCCGCGCUUUCCAAGCGAACAGUCUCCAAGACACCGAAGACUUGGGGCGCUGAGCUGUAUGGGAAGGGUGCUGGAACUGUCGCGGAGCUGAAGGCCGACGAUGCUGCCGUUUUCCUGACCUCUGUACUCAGCCCUGUGCUCGAAGAAUGCGUGAUGGACUCGAAGUUCGUAAUCCCAGGUGUCAGAGAUGCUCUGGAAGGAUCUCAAUCAACAAAGUCCAAGCAAGCCGUCAAGGCGCCGGUCCGUACGUCUGUCCUCAGCUUUUUGGGUAGCCACGUAGCCGCCAGCCCUCUCCUGAAAUUCAGGAUCAACGUGCUGCCGGUGUUCAACUUCUCAGGCAAAGUCUCCGCCAGCGUCCGUGGCGAUACGAUCGUUCCACUUGUGCAGGAGUGGUGCACACUUGCAGCAUCGCAGGUCGCUACAAGGUGCGCAGAUGAGCAAGUCUCGGUCGAGGAUGCAGACAAGGGACACCUCAACGCUCUGGUCGUCAGGGAAGCCAAGAGCACACAGCUGCUGGGUGAAGUCAUUGCAGGAUCCCUCAACAAGGAGCGUGUUGCGUUGAUCGGUGCUGCUUUUGACCAAAUCAAUGCGUUCUGGCCCUCCCUCAAGGGCGAUGCCAGGCUUGCACUGGCCCCGACUCUGCUGGACCUGUCACUGAAGGAGAGCAUCGAGCCUUUUGACCAGCUUUGCCGCGAGCGCGCCCUCGAGACUCUGCGCAAUGUCAAGCUCGACUCUGCUACACUCAUCACUUUCCUCGACAGCGUCCCUUCAGCACUGCAAAUGCCUGAGGGACCACCCACCAAGAAGAGGAGACGGACCAGCCGCAACGAGAUGGCACGAGUGGAUGUCUCAUCCGCAGACGAGUUGCAACGUCUGCUGAGACGCCUCACCCUGGUUCUGGAGUUGAUCGAAGGCUCCAACCCCGGGUCGCACCCCGAGCUGUUCAGGAGUCUGUUCAACGUCUUCGGUGACCUACAGCCACUCAAGCAGCAGUCUGGUUCCGAGCUGGUCUACCUUCAGAGCAUGAUCCUCGGCGCACUGACACCCAUGGUCAACUUCUUCAAGGAGCACCCCGAGACAACAGAAUAUCAGUCAGCAGUCCGAGCCGACCUGCUUAUCGAUGCCAUCCGACACUCCACAAGCCCACAGGUCCAGAACAGCGCGCUCUUGCUGAUCUCCAACCUCGCGACAUGGGUCCCGGAUCUGAUCCUCCACAAUCUGAUGCCGAUUUUCACAUUCAUCGGUUCGACUCUGCUCCGCCAGCAGGACGACUACUCAGCCCAGGUUGUCGACAAGACGAUCUCGCGUGUUGUGCCGCAAUUGGCCGCGUCGCUGCGCGCAAAGCACAAGAACUUCCUGACUGGUGUGUCAGACUUGUUGCUGAGCUUUACUGCCGCCUUCGAGCACAUUCCCCUGCACCGAAGACUCAAGCUGUUCUCGGAACUUGCCCGCACGCUUGGUCCUGAGGAUUCUCUGUCUGCGAUCAUCGCCCUCCUUGCGGACCGGUACCACAACACCAAGACGCAGCGCAGGUUCUCGACCGAGCUGCUGCUUGUCUUCGACCCCAUCCACACAUUCGAUGCCAUCAAGGGCUAUCUCGACCUUGUAGCGGAUGCUGCUGGGCCGAAGCGCAAGGUCUCGGAUACAUUGUUCGGCUUGAACGAGAAGAAGCCCGCUGAAGUCGAGUCCGCUAUUCAGAACCUGUUGGUGUGCCUCGCAGACCUCGCAGCUGAUGAGAGACUUCGCGCACACGUCACCAGGGCGUUCCGUCGCAAGUCUGACAACAGCAAACCUCGCGAUGUCUUCGCCAGCAUUGUUGAGGUCACAAUCCAGAUCUCGAAGCAGGUCGCAUCCACGCCCAAGCUCUACGAGGGCUGCAGUCGCGUCCUGGCGCGGGCCCUGGACUUACUCCCGUCUGCUGAGCUUGUCAAGUCGGCCGAGCUGCUGCUCGCCAAGGCCGAUGCCCAAGUGCAGGUCGCCGCGAUCAAGUCUGUUCAGGUACGAGCUGGUUCGGUCGUUCAGAACGACAGGCAGUCAGUCGAGGCACUGGUCGCGUUCUUGCCUAGCGUCGAGAACAUCCUACAGCAGUCAAAGUCUCUCGACGCCAAAAUCAUCUCCGUCAGCUGUAUCGACAGCAUCGUGGAGCGGUUCGGCAAGAAGGAUACUUCUGCCGUCGCUUCAGUCGCACAGACCAUUGCUGGCCCGCAGUCGCUGAAGCACAGCGACGACAGGCUCCGUGUCCUUUCCCUGCUGUGUCUUACCUCAAUCGUGGAUGUGCUGGAGGACGAGUUCAUCUCCAUCCUGCCAUCUGUGCUGCCGAUCGCGUUCGACUACCUCUCCAAGGCUAUUGACGAGGAGAAUGCCGGACUGCACAACGCUGUCUACACCCUCAUCUCAGACAUCGUCGAGCGACUCGGAUACGUGUUCUCGCGGGAGUACCUCGAGACAGCUCUGCGGUUAUCGCACAGAUCCGCUGCUGCUGAUCUCGAGGAUGCCUGCGACGAGAGCCGCCGUGGUUUCUACCAGAGUGUCUCCGAGCACCUCAGCGCACAGGAGGUCUUUGCUGCCAUUCAAUCCACAUGGCCGCACGCCGUUUCUCAAGGCUUUGACGCCUCGCUGGAACACCUCGAGUUGCUCCGCUCCGCCGUUGAUGUUCAGACCAAGGCCAAGCUUAUCAAGUCCAGCUCAACGCUGUUCAAUCUGGUUCUCUCCAGCUUCAACCUGCGAACAGCGAUUGGCUUGCAGAAGGACGCAGAAUACGAUGAGGAAGAGGUUGAGCAACUCGAGAACACUCUCGUCGAGUCGGUGGUCGCCAUGGUACUGAAGCUCAACGACGCUACGUUCCGCCCCUUCUUCGUCCAGCUCGUCGACCAGGAAGGCCCUGUCAGUGCACAGCCGGAGCGCGCCAUCACAUUCUACCGUUUCCUCGCCGCCUUCUUCGACAAGUUCAAGUCCAUCGUCACAACCUACUCCAGCUACAUCAUCGAACACGUUGCGAGCUUGCUCGGCCAGCUGAUCAGGGAAGACGCAAACCCCACCCUCCGCAGCGCCGUCCUCGCCUCGCUCCAGAAAACCUUCCAACACGACCAGGACGGCUUCUGGCAAGCCCCCUCGCACUACAGCGCCAUCAUGGCGCCCCUGCUCAAACACCUCACCCUCCCCAUCCAGGACACCGUCACAACCGACGUCAUCCCCACCAUCACCGAGCUCGCGGCUGCCUCCGCCUCGUCGCUCGACAACCACCGCGAGAUGAACGCCGUGCUGCUCAAGUCCAUGCGCGCCGAGGAAGCGCACACGCGCCUCGCAACCGUGCUGUGCGAGCAGAGCCUGACCAAGCGGCUGGGCGAGGAGUGGCUGGGCCUGUUGCCCGAGAUGCUGCCGUUUAUCAGCGAGUUGCGGGAGGACGACGACGAGCUGGUGGAGCGCGAGACGCAGAGGUGGAUUUCGUCUGUGGAGGAGAUUCUGGGCGAGGAUUUGGAGGGGAUGCUGCAGUAAGGCGGUAGUGUUGCUGUGAAAAGCGGUUGUGUUGAUGCAUUUUCUGGCGUAGAUAGUGCGGUGGGUAUAUUCCCAAUUUCAGAUGUUUUUAUACAAGAUGUUGUGUGACUUUGUGACUGUGCAUAGCGGUAUGUAAAAGGACCGGUAGCGGCUGCAGAGGUGACGGAAAGCGCGUGCGCUAGGUAGGUUAGCGUUUGUCGUCUUGCUUUAUCUUCAGCGCACAUAUCCCACAAUUGAUCG